CUGACGUGUCGCUGCGCCAUGGCGGCGGCCUGGGAGGAGAUCCGGCAGCUGGCGGCUGAUUUCCAGCGGGCGCAGUUUGCCGAGGUAGCCCACAGAUUGUCAGAACGGAACUGUAUAGAAAUUGUCACAAAGCUGAUAGCAGAAAAGCAGCUGGAAGUAGUGCACACGCUUGAUGGCAAGGAGUAUGUCACUCCAGCGCAGAUUAGUAAGGAGAUCCACGAUGAGCUCCAUGUUUCUGGUGGUCGAGUUAACAUUGUUGACUUACAACAGGUGAUAAAUGUGGACCUUCUGCACAUUGAAAACAGAGCUAAUGACAUUGUUAAAUCUGAAAAAGGUAUUCAGCUUGUACUGGGACAGCUUAUAAAUGAGAGUUACCUGGAUCAAUUAGCAGAAGAAAUAAAUGAUAAACUACAGGAAACUGGCCAGGUGACAAUAUCAGAACUCUGCAAGGCAUACGACCUUCCAGGAGACUUCCUGUUACAGGCAUUAUCCAGGCGUUUGGGCAGAAUUAUUCAUGGACAACUAGACCAGGAAAACCGUGGGGUGAUUUUUACAGAAGCCUUCGUGUCCCGCCAUCGAGCACGCAUUCGUGGGCUCUUCACCGCGAUUACUCGGCCUACACCUGUAAGUAGCUUGAUCACUCGGUAUGGAUUUCAAGAACAUUUACUUUACUCUUUGCUAGAAGAACUUGUUAAUGCUGGUCGUCUGAAAGGCACCGUGGUUGGUGGGAGACAGGAUAAGGCUGUGUUUGUUCCAGACAUCUAUUCCAGAACACAGAACAAAUGGGUGGAUUCCUUUUUCAAGCAGAAUGGUUACUUAGAAUUUGAUGCAUUGUAUAGACUUGGCAUCCCUGACCCAGCAGGCUACAUUAAAAAAAGAUACAAGUCUACACAACUCUUAUUUCUGAGAGCAGCUUGUGUUGGUCAAGAGAUUGUGGAUCAAGUUGAAGCCUCUGUGGAAGAAGCCAUCAGCUCUGGAAACUGGAUAGAUGUAGCAACCCUUCUGCCCAGCUCAUUGUCAGUAGAAGAUGUUGGGAUUUUGCUCCAGCAAGUGAUGAGAUCUUUAAACAAAAGCUCUUCAGGUUUAGUCUUCAGUGACACCAUUGCAGUCAGUGAGAAAUUUCUAAGCAGCUGUGCUGACCUCUUUUCUGAUCUGAUGCAACAGAAAGCAGAAAAGGAAAUUAAAAACAACCCUGUUAAUUUAAUCACUGAAGAGGAUUUAAAACAGGCUUCUUCUUUAGAGAACUCAUAUGCUAAUAAAAAAGACAAAAAGGAUGAAAGAAGAAAGAAAGCAGCAGAGGGCAGUGGAAGCGUGAGAGGAGGAGGUGGUGGGAAUGCCAGAGAGAUAAAGAUCAAGAAAACCAAGAAGAAAGGAAGAAAGGAUGCUGACAGUGAUGAAGAGUCACAAGGGACUGCCACAGGUAGGAAUAAGAAGCUGGAGUUCUCUUUCAUGUCACAAGAGGAAAUUGAGGAGGUUUUAAAGACCCGCAUGCAGGAUUGCCCUGAAGAGCUUAUUACAGAAAUUGCUGAACAUCUAAGAAGACCUUUGACAAAAACUUAUCAGGAGGUUGUGCGUUCCGUUUUUACAUCUUCAACAUCGUCUUCUGGAGCCAACAGAAGACAGGCUAUGAAGGACUUGCAGGAGGAAUUCUCAAACCUGUACAACAACAUUCGCUUAUUUGAAAAGGGAGCAAAGCAUUUCACAGAUGAUACUCAGACUAACCUUGCCAAACACCUAUUGAAGACUCUAUGUACAGACAUUACAAAUCUGGUUUUCAACUUCUUGGCAUCUGAGUCAAUGAUGACCACAGAAAAUUACUCUACAAUCACAAGUGAGGGCAGAAUCAAGAUUUUAGGUAAACUGCCAGAAGAUACCAAAGGUCCUUUAACUAAACUGCAUACUUCUCUGAAUGGCAAGAGUAUAGAAGAUUUUCUUUCAUGCCUUGAUUCUGCAGUGGAUAUUUGUGGUGUUAUGGUGAAAAAAGGAGACAAAAAGAAGGAAAGGCAAGUCCUGUUUCAGCAUAGACAAGCUCUGAUUGAACAGCUCAAAGUCACAGAAGAUCCAGCUCUUGUUCUUCACCUGACAUCAGUAUUGUUAUUUCAGUUUUCAACUCACUGCAUGCUUCAUGCACCAGGAAGAUCAGUACCACAGAUCAUUAAUUUCCUAAGUGGCAAGAUCCCAGAGGAUCAAUAUUCGCUGAUAGUCAAAUACCACGGAUUAGUGGUGAAACAAUUGACCAGCCAGACUAAGAAAACUGAACACGGAGACAGUGACACAAAAGAUAACAUGGAAGAGGAGGAAGGAGCAGAAAGCAUUCGAAAAGAGCUUCAGGAAAUCACUACCUCUAUCAAAGAUCUUGUUCUCAGACCUAGGAAAUUUUCUGGAACAGAGGAAUGAAACUGCUACUCAGCGCAUCCACCUCCAUGAUAGAGUCAGACUUUAUUUUCUUCUAUGCUGAAAAGAAAGGACAACAGAAAAUGCUUGGCAGACUUUAAAUUUGGCCUCUAGUAAUUUGCAAAUCACAGCCAGGGAACACAGUUGCUGGGUGAUGGUGGCAAAUGGAAUUUUGUUACUUCUACAGUGUACUUCUAACACACAUUAAUGUAGACAUGGCAGAACGCAGUAGUGGAGGCUUUGGGUACAAAACCAGUGGGGUUUUAUUGGCAUCCUCAUGUGAGACCUCAAGAAAUUAAUCUUCAAAUAACAGUGUAUUUUGUUCCAUACACAGGCUGACAGUUUUACUUCUCUGAUUUGGGUUUGUUGUGAGAUAAGGAUCGCAUACAAGCCUGUCUAUCUUAAUUUCAAAUACUGGCUUUAGAACGUAUUCUGAUACCUAACAGCACACCAGCAAAGGCCAUCUUUACUCUGGUAUCAUUAGUGAAUGUUUUCAGUUUCUGUUCACUGGACUGCAACAGUAAAAACACUUUGAGUACGAGUGGAUAUUAAUAAACUUAAGGGAAGUGACUCGCUACUAAUACGAGUUUCAUGAACAUUCAAGUUCAUGAACAUCAGCACACUGAUACUACUGAUGUAUUCUGCUAAUGUCUGAAUAGCUGUUCAUUUAAACCUGUAAUCCAGAAAAGGUGACUCUCUUUUGCAUUGGCAUUUUGGGAGCAGAUAAAUUCUGUUACACUUGCAACAUUGUACAUGCCGUGUGUUUAUUCAGCAGACUUGUUGGGUGCUUAGUCCGGUUCCCAUAGCAGAUAGAAACAUUAGCAUUCUGUCAGCUCUUGAGAGAACUUGUGUUCUGUUUAUCCUGAGUUUCUUGAAAAUAAUGUAGUUCAUGAUCUUUCUACAUAAGCUUCAUAGACAGAAAUACUGCUGCCCUCAAGUUUUUGUGAGCCUUAUAUUUACAUUAACGGUACUUUGUCUUUAGGAAAGUACAAAAAUGUGAAAAAUUGAGUUCUAUCACAAUUGAUGCCAUAAUUCUUGUAUGGCAAAUACAUUUCUAAAUUUAUUUUGGAGAGAAGAUAAUUUUCAAAUUUGAAAUAUCUAUUUGAAUUAACUUUUGUUACUUCAGUAAUACCCAUUGAUUUCAUGUAGGUAAUUUAAGGGGGUUUGCAUAACAUUGAGGUUGAGUAAUAAGAGAUGAAAAACGUUCUUUUCACUAAAAAUGUCAUUCACUCAUCCUUGCCAAAAUUAGUGCUCAAAGAGGGCAAAUUCUGUGCAAAUUCUGCUCCAUUCAAAUUUUUCUGUUUUCCAACAAUUCACAUAUUCUUGUGAGCUUAAUCAUAAACACAUCCAAUUGCAACAAUUGAAGAGGCCAGGUGUGGAACCCCAGUAACAGAGUAACAAAUGUUAAGGUAAUUUUGGUGAUGUAAACAAUAGAAUUUUACACAUAUUUAAAAGGCAGUAAUGUUUAACAAUGUUCAUGCCAAUGCUGAUCUUUUAUCAGCCAUGAGGCAAGAACAGUUUGAAUUAUAAGGCAGAAGCAAAGGCAGUUGUUUCUCUUUCCUUUGUGGGAAGUUAUAACAGCUGACAGUAAAAGACAGUGGGGAAUAAAUGACAAUAAAUAUUCAGGUUGUUGAACUUUGUUUAAGAAAUGGUUUGUGUACCAGGAAUAGGUUUGAUUUCUUGCUAUUUAGCCAGGAUAAUUAAUAAGUUCCUAUAAUGAAUGUAAACAAUUUUAUAUGCCAUUGAGCUCUUUUGUAAAUAAUAUGCUAUAUGAAAUUCUGUAUGCAAAUAAGAAAUUAUUUUAAUAACAUUAAAUGAUGAAGUAUUUGAAGAGCAUUCUGUUGACAUCACCAGUGUUUGAUCAUGUUGCAACUUGCAGCUUUCAAACAGCAAUAGGUAAUAUGCACUGUUAGACUUAACACACCAUUCUGAGUGUCCCUGUGUUUUUGUUUGGUAUAAUAAUCAAAUUACUGCAGAAUUUACUUUAUCAUAUGUUCAACUUGCUAUAUUCCAGCCUAUGCUAUAGGAAGGGUUUAAAACAUAGAUUCUUUGAAGUAGAUACAAUGGAAACACUUCAGAGAUAUCUUCUGGCUACAAAUGGAAUUCGAGGAGACAUGGUUGGAAAACUGUCCGAGGUGUUUUUUCUUGAUUUGGAAAUUCAGUCUUUAGUUUAUGAUACAGAAGUAUAUCUUCUGAAAGAGAAAGAAAAGUAAUUUUGCUAAUUCACAGGGGUUUUUUUCCUCUCCCUAGGAGGAAUGUAUGUCGGAGGAAGAGUAAUCUUGUCUUACAAAUCAGAGGUGCAGUUCACAAAACAAAAAUGCCCUUUGGAAUAUCUAGGAAAAUGAAAGGCACUACAAAGUAUACAAAUUAACACUUUUACUCUGGUUUCAAGCGUUAGUGUCAGCCUCUGACCUUCACUUGUGCUGUCUAAACACCACCAUUACAUUUUUAAUCUCAUCAACUGAUGUGUAUAGAUGCAUGGAUGUGUCUGUACACACCUACUUAAAAAUGUUCUCAUAACCUUGUUUGCUGCUGCUCUCAGGUUGGAGUGGAUGCAUUAGCCAUAGGUAGAGUAAUGCCUGCCUCAGCAACAGCCUUGCCUUUCCUUUGUUUUAAGUGGCAAAAGAUGACUCUUGUAGUUGGUUACUUCCAGAUCUGCUGGAACUGAGCAAAUUGUUGCUCUGUUAGAACUUUCAACUCUUUGUUGAAACUCUUUUGCAGCUUCUUAAAAAAUUUGGUACAGGUUUCUAAAUAAUAUCAGUGUGUUUUGUUAUCAGCAUGAAUCCAUCUGAAAGCUUGUUCAGGUAAAACUACAGUAGUUCUGUUGCCUCUAGGCUUGUGAGUAAGGCUACUCAAGCAGUGGUUUCUCUUUGAAUGUUUUUCCUAGUAAGUAACAGUAGGCAAAAUAAUGGAAGUUUCUCAUAUAUGGGUAGAUUUGGAUUUCUUGUUUAAUAGGAAGUUUGGUACUCUUGCAGAUGACAGAAGAGUGACUGUGGUGGGUCAGACUGAAGGUGAAUGUAGCCCAGUAUUGUGUCUCUAGCAGAGGCCAAAAGUGACUGCUCAGAGAGCAAUAUAAGAACAAAGACGUAGUAUUUCUCCUUUGGGUGCUUUCUGAGCCUCCAAAUCCAUGUUGCCCAAACUUUUUGAACAACAAUUGUACUUUAUUAUAGAUACUAUCUGCUAGCCCAAAUAACAGAACAUAUUCAGUAAAUGCCAAAGAUAUUUUGUCAAGAAAACAAGGUCUUUAGGAAUUGUUAAGGAAUGUGACCUCUGAGGUUUUGUUCUCUAAAUGAUGGAUAUUCUAAAUUGGAAUGAGUAACCUGAGUAGUUUAAGUAGGACCAUCAUUUGCAUGAUGAAUUUCCCAAACCUUCAACAUGAAAAGGAAGCUAGGUCAAGUUUGUAGACAGAUUAAAUAAGCUGCUUUGUAUUUCAGAAAGUUCAAGAAGUGCUGCAGGAGCUGCAAGAGACAUCAUCUAAUUGAUAGUCUGAAGAAACAACAGGAUUUUGCUGACCACCUCAUUUGUACAUAAUUUGUACCUGUUAGGGAAAACCCUGAUUCUGUUUUAGAAGUUUCUCUGAGCCUGUCUUCUAUUAAUACAGUUGUUAAUCUCUAUCUACUGCUUAGACAAAUUUGAGGGUAGUCUUUGAAGCAUAAGAAAAGUGAUUUGCAAUAGGAUGUGUCUGAACUUCUCGUCCUUGAUGGCAAGAACAGAUUGUGUUAGUAUUUCUAAGUGUCAUUAGCUGUCUCAACAGAUCUGCUUGAGAAAUACUUCUGUCUGGAUCUGAUUUAUGAACUUGAGAAGGUACUCGGUUAAGAACUAUACUAUUGGUUUUUUUCUUUCUGGAAGGAAUACGAGAAAACUAUUUACGAUUCUCAUUCUAGACUCAAAUUCACAGCUAACUGGUCCUCUCCUCAAUCUGCUAAAACCACAGGCUUGAAAUUAAAGGUCCUUGGUAUAAAUAAAGCUUGUAGAACAAAUUAAAAUAGGAGGAAAGAGAUCAGUCUUGUUUAAGUAAUGACUGCAUGUCUGGAGAGGUUUAACAAGACUGCAAGCAGAGAUCAUCAGGUCUUGGCAACAGUAGUCAGAGGAUCUUAACUGUGAGACACUAUCUAGACACAGAUGACCUCCAGAACAUGUCCAGAUUUGGCAAUUUUACGGAAGUACUCAGAUAACGUAAUACAUAUUUAAACCAUUCAAACAUUUCCUUCUUUCUUCUAUCUGUGAUACUGAGCAGCUCCCACCCACUUGACGUUGUAGACCGAGUGAUUCAGAUCUAUUGGCUCUUGGUUGUGGAAAAAUCUGCCUCAAGGUCAGUUGUGGUUCAUACCACAGGCAGCCAUCCUUUCUUCACUCUGCCUAACCUCAGCCUGCUUUUUUAAAUGGACACAAUAUCCUUACUUUCAGCUGCAUUUGGUUAAGGGUCUGCAUAGAGUCAUGUGCAAAGUAUAAGCACCUCUGAAUGCUCUGUGCAUGCUGGAGCCUGUCUGUGAAAGCUGGCCCCUGUUGGGCCCAAGCAGAAAAUAAAGGAGGUGGCUGUGACUCAAAAGCCAGAAAUACUGGGAAAUACUGAGAGAGCCUAGAGGAGUCUAUUGCUUCCACACUGAUGGUAAUCCUUAUGAACACCUUCCCACCUGGUGGAAAGCAGCAAAUGGUAACAGCCCAGAAAAUGCUUCAGGCGUGUCAGAAUUUUGAGUUCUACUGUGUCCCUGAACGUCUUUCCUGAAACUGGAGGAGGUUUUUUUCCUGUCCCCCCCACCCCCUCCUCUGGGAUGGUUUCCUGUACACAACAAUCAGACUUUAGUAAUUACAACUUUUCUUUUUCUUUUCUUUUCUGAUUUACAAGCCCACAUGAGGCCUUUUGCAUUCAUUAUGCAUGAACCAGUGUGUAUCUGGGGACGCAUAAUGUUCCAUCUUUCUUUUUGUCCUUGCACUGAACAGUUUUGUUUUUUAACAGAAAUGCCUUUUUCCUUUUGAGAACUCUCAGAAAUAUGUUCCUCUAAGAGCUCCUACAUGGUAUGUAUUUGCCAUUUGUAAACACAGCAUGUCAAAGAAUGAUUUGAUUCAGUGGUGAGGCAGCCAGAUAUUUGCAUGUCAUGAGGUCUAAGGGAAACAAACUGACCCUCAGCCUUCCCCCAUCCAGGCAAAUUCUGAUGGGACCCUCAAAUAGCUCUGGCAAAGUGUUCUGUUUCUUUUGGACUUGAUGGAUGCUUGUUUCUGUGAAGACGUGUAAUUAUUUCUUCCUUUAUUUUACUGCGCAAGUUACCGAGAGAAGCAGCUAAAAACUAAAUGUGAGUAUUGAGGCUUUUUUCCAUUAUUCCUUCAUCUGAUAAACUUUAAACUUGUUAGUAUAGAAGGUACUUAAUUUAAUGCUUUGAGCAAGCAUGCAGGAAGUUUUUCCUCAGAAAACUGCUGAAUAAAUUAGAUGCAGACUUCCACAUAUAUUAUGUUUUUAAUUUUGUGUACCUAAAGAGAUAGAGGUUUUUUUUAAAUUUAAAUUAAUUUUUUAUUAAUUCUUUCCAUUGUAGUAAUUGGCUCACUCACUAAUUUGUGGAAAGAUUGUCUGGGGUUUCCUUUCUAAAGAGAUGAGGAUGAGUUUUGUUUAACCCAAAGAACCAUCCAACAAAAAAUGUGUGCUUUUUCCCAUUACAUUUUUAUCUCCUAACAAGAUUUCAUUUGCUUUUGCAAGAAAAAAUUCUAGAUAGUGUCUUUUCUGUUAAGUCACUUGUUUCUAGCAUGAGUACUUUUAACACCUAAUGUAGAUUUUUCUUGAUUUUGGAAGUAAAACAUUUUCCGAGCUGGCUUUUAUAAGAAGUCAAAAUAUUGCUGUAAACAAUUAUCAUCUCCAAAUUCUCCCUCCAUAAGACAUUUUGUGUUAUCUUUUUUUUUAGGAUCAUAAUUUUUUUGAAUUUACAUUUAGAAAUUAAGUUUCAGAUGCCUUUGUUUUUUGUUUGUGUUAAUAUUUUUCUUCUCUUUGUGCAACAAGUGGUUAUUUGUACAGUAACAGAAGAAACUAUAGUGGAUUUGAUACAUUAACAUUGUUACAGAUUGCUGAUGGUCAACCCAUGUAAUUUUACUGCGGGAAAGUCACUUUGACUCAAGGGUGUUUAACUGGUAGAAUAUUGAGAUGACACUAACUAACUUGUAGGCUUAAAGAAAAAUUAAUUCAAAAGCUGCUUGAAAGAGAUUCUGAUGUAUGCUCUCUCCAAAUUAUUUGCAGACAGCCAUAAUUAUUAAAGCAUGUAUUUUUUGGUUGA